UGUGAAAUCUGUGAAGAUAGAAGAGAUCCAAAGCUCUGGUUUUAUCGGUGUGAUGAGUGCGAUUUUGAUGCUCAUCCCGAUUGCGUUCUUGGAGAAUACCCAUUCAUCAAGCGCGGUAGCAUUUUUUCUACUCGUAGAACUGAUUCUCAUCAACGACACCGUCUCAUAUAUUUCCAGAGUGAGAAAUAUCCCUAUCCGAAAUGCGAUAAAUGUGGCCAUCCUUGCAAAGAUCAACUGGCUCUUAAAUGUCCCCACUCUGAAUGCAACUUUGCUCUACAUUUUAAGUGUUCAGAACCAUCCCUAUGAUUGCUCGAUCAGUUGCUGGGUUUGCUUUCUGAAAAUAACAGAUUCGGCCACGGGCAAUGAAGAUUUUGCCCUUGAUUCCAUGCUCUGUGUCUCAAAUUUAAGGCUCAUACCAGACCAAAACGAUGGAGAAGAGGAAACUCACACAAAGGGAUGCCUUUACUAUUCUUCUGCUAUAAAAUCCAAAUUGAAGAAUCCCACUGACGUUGGCAAUCUCAUGCGUUUUGGAGGAGCGGGUUCUGAAGCGAGCAUCCAUCUCCAUUUGGAUCAUUGAUGUCCAAGCCAAGGGUGUCCUCAUUCGCAGGAAUGAAGGUGGCGCCUUUCUCAUGCACACCAACUGUUCCACAUGUGGCCCAUUGAGCUAGGUAUGAAGAGUUAGGGCUGUGUGCUACUCCCAUUAUAAAUUUUAUUUACCAGCUUUUAUAUGAAAAUCCGUGGUCAAAUUUACCAGCAAAAAAUUGAGGGAAACCAAAGAAUACAUGAACACCAUGGAAAAAGCACUGGGUGGCAGUAGGCUCCCUAAACAGGUUUAAAGUUCUGCUAGAAUUUCUGCAAACGUUGUUUAGCCAAAUGAUAUGUUGGCACAGGGAGAGGCCAAGGUUUCACAUUGUGAAGAUUGACAAAACUACCAAUCAAAAGGUUCUUUUUUAAUAUGCUUCAUAUUUCUCUGAAGAAAUAGCCAGGGGAAUUCUUUGGGAGAAAGAAGAUCACAUAAAUUCACUUUCUGAGCUGAUCAUGUUGGCAUUUCUUCUCAAAUUUGAUGAAGAAGCUGUUGGGUUUUGAAGUUAAAUAAUUUGCAAGUUUUUGUGGAGGAUAAGUUUCUGUCAGCAGCCUAGGCAUGGUGAGCACAGUUGAUAUUCCUUGUGAGUGAGUAGGCAUGGCAUAUGAAGUAUGGCUGGGUGAAGGAUAUGGUAGUUUGUAAUAUUAGGCUUAUUUGGAAAAAUUAGACUAUUACAAAGGAGAUUUCAUCUUCACAAGGAUGAUUACUAUAGGAAGCAUUCCGGUUGCUCAGAGCAAUAGGGCACAAUUGCUUCCACUACUGCCUGCUAGGGUGGUAUAUUACCAUAACUAUGUUCUAUGGUCAAAUUUGCUAGAUUUUAAUUCAUACAUGAAGAGAAAUUGUCCUUGUCUCUGAUACUGUAACACUACUCAUGUUAAUUUUCUUUCUUUGCAGCCUAUUUAAGGAUCAUUCAGGUACAAUUCCUAUGCUUUACUAAAGUUUGCUCUGAUUU